UUGUAGAUGGGCAUUAAUAUAUCAGCAACAUCCCAGCCUAUAAAUAUCGGCCUUUAAUUGAAACAUUUGGGCGUAUAUAUACGUAUAUAAGUCUCAUACGCCAAUCGCGCAUGCCCCGUUCCGUGGGUCGAUGUAUACGCGAAACGGAAGCGCAUCUGCAUGCUUCUAGUUGGCCGUUUCCGUCCUGCCAGGAGCUUGUCCGCCAUAGCUCCAGUUCGCCGGUUCCUGUGGAUUGAGUUCCUCGAUUCGCUGCCGUGCCGUGCCGAGCCGUCCGGGCACGUCGUUUGCCCGCGAGUUUCGUUGCACGCGCGACAGCACGCCGGACCGUACCGAAGCAAGAUCCUCGACAUCCACGCUUCGAGACUAUUGGCUAAUUGACACACACUGUGCUGCUCGUAUAACUUGACAUCUCCCCAGCACCGUUCUCCUGCCGAGCAAGAGCGAUACGUUAGAAUGUACACGAGCGGAUACUCGCAGAAUCCCAAUUACAGACCUAAAGGGAAUCGAGAUCAUGGCACCCGCAAUGGAGCAGGAGUUGGUGGAACUUAUUGGAAUAGUCAGCAGCAGAGUCAAAAAGAGUACGUCGCAAAGAAGCAAAAUCACAAGAAGACCCCAGGCGAUUUACUGAAGAAACCUAUUUGGGACAUGGGAAAGUUGCCUAUAAUAGAAAAGGAUUUGUACAUUCCCCACAAAAAUAUCAUAAACAGAUCAUCUGACGAGAUUAGGAAAUAUCACGCGAGCAAGGAGAUCACUGUCAAAGGCAACAACACACCUUCUCCCAUUCAAGCCUUCGAAGAGAGCAACUUUCCAGAGUACGUGAUGGACGGGAUUAGGAAGCAGAGUUUCGCCGAGCCCACUGCAAUUCAAGCUCAGGGCUGGCCAAUUGCACUCAGCGGACGAGAUUUAGUUGGAAUUGCUCAAACUGGUUCCGGAAAAACUUUGGCAUAUAUCCUUCCGGCGACGGUGCACAUCAACCAUCAACCUCGUCUCAGCCGUGGCGACGGACCAAUUGUUCUGAUUCUCGCUCCCACGCGUGAAUUAGCUCAACAAAUCCAAACGGUCGCACGUGAUUUCGGCUCGUCCUCGUGCAUCCGCAACACCUGCAUCUUUGGCGGCUCGCCCAAGGGACCUCAAGCUCGCGAUCUCGAACGCGGAGUGGAAAUCUGUAUCGCGACACCCGGCAGAUUGAUCGACUUCCUCGAGAAAGGCACCACGAACCUACGUAGAUGCACAUACCUGGUCUUGGACGAGGCCGAUCGAAUGCUAGAUAUGGGUUUCGAGCCACAGAUACGCAAGAUAAUCGAACAAAUUCGACCCGAUCGGCAGGUACUCAUGUGGUCCGCCACUUGGCCCAAGGAAGUGCAGGCGCUCGCCGAAGACUUCCUCACCGACUACAUCCAGAUCAAUAUCGGCUCUCUAAAUUUGGCAGCCAAUCAUAACAUUCGACAAAUUAUCGAGAUUUGCCAGGAACACGAGAAGGAAAUGAAACUGUCGCAAUUGCUGCGCGAGAUUGGAACCGAACGAGGCAGCAAAAUGAUAAUUUUCGUGGAGACGAAGAAGAAAGUGGACGACAUCACCAAGACAAUUAAACGCGAGGGCUGGUCCGCGAUCUCGAUUCACGGCGACAAAUCGCAGCCGGAGCGCGAUUAUGUUCUAUCGGAAUUCCGUAAUGGGAAAACCAUGAUCUUGGUCGCGACAGAUGUGGCCGCGCGUGGCUUGGAUGUCGAAGAUGUCAAGUACGUUAUCAAUUUUGAUUAUCCCAACAGCUCCGAGGACUACAUCCACAGGAUCGGCAGAACUGGUCGCUGCCAGAGCGCAGGCACAGCUUAUGCUUACUUUACACCGAACAACGCGAGACAGGCGAAGGAGCUAAUCGCAGUGCUGGAGGAGGCCGGUCAAGCUGUAAACCCACAAUUGGCAGACAUGGCCAAUUCUGUUAGGAACCAAUACGGCAAAGGACGGCAACGGUGGAGCCACGUACGAGGCAAUAAGGAUAACAAUUCUCAUGGAAGUCCUAGAAGCAACAUCAGCCCGACGAUCAACAACUGGCAGCAUAUGCUGCAGACAAGUCAACAGCAUGUACAACAUGGGCAACACGGACAGCAUGGACAUCACAAUCAAAUGAUUCAGGAGAAAAGCAUGGCGCGUCAUCCUCGCAACAAUGGCUAUCAAACCAAUCGGCAGAACAAUUACCAACCACAGCAUUCCUAUCAGCAGCAGCACCAGCAACGACAAUCCAUUACUGGCUAUCAGAACAGCUACCCGAACAAUUACCAAGCGACUAAUAGCAGCACAUGUCAACCCGUGCAUCAGGCUACCAGCGCACCUAGAUAUCAAGGCAGAACUGGAUACCAGGGUAAUCGUUUCCAGGGUAAUCGGCAAAACAGCUUCAACGGCAAUCAGAACGGGCCCAACGUUUAUUCAAUGCCGCCACCCUUCAUGAUGCCGUCCGGCGGACACGCGGACUCCGGUAUUCAGAAUCUCGUGAACAAUAAGUUCUUCCAGACCAAUCGACCGCCGCCCAACGCUGGUGCCUGUGCCUACCAAUCGAUGGGCUAUGGCCAGUUUCAAGCAGUGCCGCCGUACGGUUAUCCGUACCCACCCACACCGGUGCAGCAGUGACGCCUCCCGCGAUGCAAAGCCAUUGGGGUACGGGCUAAAUGAAAAUUCGCGUGAUUACACAUACGCAGAAGAAAAACCCAGGAAAUAAAAUGUGCGAUAUGCUCUAUAGCAAGGAAAUUUGUAAGGCCUUUUGCAUAAAAAUUAAGCCGUUUUUUAUGUGCCCCGGCAUAACGAACAAAUUGUCGUGCCCUUUGUUUCGGGAACGGGAAAAUUUUAAAAAAGGGAGAAAAGAAGCAAAGAAACAAGACAGAGAGAGAGAGAGAAAGACAAACUAGAACAGCUAGAACGUACAUUUAUCUAGCUUAGUACAGAUUUGCUGAUGGGAACUAAACCAAUCUUGGGUACUCUUUCUCUCUCUCUCUCUUUCUCUUUCUCUUUUUCUCUUUCUCUCUCUUUCUCUCUCUCUCUCUCUCCCCGAUACAACUAAUCGUAGCGUUAAAAAUAAGUAUCUCGUGCUCCGAUGAUCUUAUAAAAAUUCAAACGAGCUCUGAGGUCUCUGGAUUCUUGAAAUUCUCAAGUUAGCGACUUCCGAAUAUCUGAAAGUUGUACUUACAGGACCUUUGAGUCCACAGAAUUCGGAUACUUGGAUACUUCGUGUCCUAAAUAUCGUUGUUACAUCGGUCUCUCUAAGCUUUAGCUUCUACAACAAAUUCUCAGAGUGCUGGCUUCUCUGGAAUCUCACCCUUUCGGGGAUUCCUGUGCCCUUUUGUUCUGAUUCAAGGCUUCUCUAUUCUAAUUCUCACCAUCAGAGAUUGGUAUUUUUCCCCAGAUAUGCUCUUCAGCUCUUCUCGAAUACGUACUUCAUCCUCGCACUUUUAAGUUCGCGGAUUCUAAUCUUCCUCUGUGAAUAUUAAGUUAAUUUAACUUGUUAAACUCCCUGACCUAGAAUCCAGAGAUCCCUGGCGGGUUUUGAGCGCUGGAUCCUUGAAGACAUGCAGAUGGCUUUUAGAGGACAACGUAAAUUAAGCACGUAGUCAUGAUGGCUGUGUACCUCGAUGCAAAGUUUGAUACCUUAUUUUUAUAUAUAUAUCGAAAGUGAUUUGUUGUUGAACCAACGAAUGAUUAUAUGAUACAUUGUUGUUUGAUGUUUAUGCAAUUGGCCACUGAGUGGUCUUGUCUCUGCGCACCGUGCGCGCAGGCUGGCCGCCAUCGAUACUAAUCUGAACUUUCAGUUGUACCUGCUAUUUUAGUUAACAAGCCACUGAAUUAGAGUAUUGAAUGCACCGUCAUUACCUGUUACUCCGGUGAACAAUAACGAUUAUGCUACUUUUCGCUAAUGUUUCAGCUUUUCAACCAGUAACUUAUUUCAUUUUCCAUAUCUGAUUUCGCAAUUCGAUAAACUUAAUCAACUGUGGCUCUUGCGAGCUUAGUUUUAUUUUUCCACAUUACUUUCUAAGAACUUUGAAUAGUUCUUGAGGUACGAAGAAAUCUUCAGCGUGGAGAAAAUAACAUCCUUAGGAGUUUGAAUUCUUGAAUUUAAAAUUUUUAGUCCCUGGACGAGGGUAAAUUUCGAAUUCUGAAUUCAAUUGACCUGAAGAAUCUAUAUUUCGUGGAGUCAGAAUACUGGUUGAAAAUUGAAUCAUCUUACGCAUAAUGAAUUAAGGAUAUAACAUAUUGUUGUAUUCUGAAGCAGCCCUUUGUGCUACCGGAGGACGUUUUUUGAUCAACAUGCCCGAAUUAAUUAUUAAACUAACGAUUGGCGCACGCUGUUGGGGCAUGUGAUACAUUUUAUUAGCAGCGUGUAGCAAUUUUGCGAGCCUCCAGAUUACUCUGCACAUACCACCGUAUAUCAUGUAAUUAUCGAGAAGGAAAUAGAAAGAGACAGUGAUUUUAAAAAACGAAAGAAAAAGAGAGGAAGAUAAUUCUCUGGUCUCAAUCAGGAAAAAUAGACGGAUCGUAAAGGAUUUCUUUAAUUUCUUAAAAGAGCUCAUUAAUUUUGUUUCUUAAUAACAAACUGUAGCUAACCAUACCGUUUUAUAAUUAUCCCUUAGUUAUCCUUGUCUUGAAACGUUUAUGUUUCCCCCAAGUUUCAUUUCUUAUCGAAUAUUUCUGAUAUUUCUAAUCUUCAAAUGUACGCUCAGUUGAGGAUAUAGCUCCUUUUGUUUAAACUUUCUGUACAGGCCAGAGAAUCGAUAUCGGAUAAAUAAAUGUAGGAACGCUCUCGCGCAGGAACGCUAUUAAUGAUUGUUAAUUGUUGCCGCGUGGCGAUUAUUCAUUCGCGACUCGCUUUUAUAAAAUAAUUAACAACUCGUCACGCACACACAGUGCAAAAUGCUAUAGGACGCAAAGGUGUCCCGUUUGCAGAAAAAAAUCCCAUUCGACUCGUUUAGAUCCACGUACUCUAGGUACGUACUCGGACAUGAGCCGUGGAUUGAUUUUGGACAUCGUUAAUUGUCGUAGAAUCUCCAGUGUUUUUUACGAAAGAAAAAUAAACGAUAGUCAAUAAAUGUUCAACGAAGUGGGAUAUUCGUGGUUCCUGGAUCAGGAUGCUCGUAUUCUCGGAUCCUUGCAUCUUUGAAGGUUCAUAUUUCUGGAUUGCUGAUACCUCAGUUUUGUUCUUCACGCUUUACGGACGCACUUUAAGAACCAAGUGAAAAUAGGAUCGUUGAAGCUCUGGAUUUUUUGGUGCUCCAAUUCUUUCCAGCUUUAGAUUAUCCUUCAAUUCUUCGGAAAUUAGGAAAAGUAUUAGUACUUUAAUCGAGAGUCACGUGUAUGAAAGAUUUCGAAUCUUCGGUAUCCUAGGAGUUUCGAAGCUCUAGCACUCUCCGAGUUUUAAAACUCGAAAGUUCCGAACUUCCACAACUGUGAACAAUCUUGGAAUAUGAUGAUUUCGGAAAUUGGAGAUUUCGCAAGUCUGGCGUCUUUUUGGAAUUAUAGGCAACGGAGAUGUUGAGCUCUGGGAAUGCGCUCAAAAAUUAGAAUCUCUUAAUCUUCCGGAUUCAUAAAAUCUUAAUUCGAGUUGCAGAACGUAGGUACUUAAUAACCACGGGAGAUUCAAUACUCUUGCGCUGAUUCUUCUUGUCUUCGCCUCAAAGUGCUCUUCAAACGGACGUGGUUCGUGUGGUUUUAUCUCCGGAAGAAUGGAUUUUUCUUUGAUUGCCGAAUCUUCGAGUGAAGUUGAAGGAUCCUUGGAUUCUAGGAUUUUUGAUCGACGAAUAUUAAGCUCGACGCGCCUACUUUGUCAAUCUGACUGCGUACGUCGACGAAUAGUGAUAUAAUAAUAGGAAACGUCUAUGUUGCGAGCAUGAAAAAAAAAACUGAAUACUCUCGCGCAUUGCGUAUGCCCGCUAUCAAAUCGCGACAAUUUCCGAUCGAGGCGAUCGAAAAGAAACACAGAAAUCGCUGUAAAAUAAACCGACCAAUAUUACUUAAUUAGCUAUUUCUAAGUCCCUUUCGUUAUUAUCGAUGCUAUCUGCAUUUUAUUUUGUGUGAAAAAGCGGAUCUUACAGACUUAUCGCGCAAUAAUUAUAAUUAUAAAUAUAUAAUAAUAUUGAUAUUGAUAUUAUGAUGUUAUACAUGUAUGAUG